GUUACGGUCACAUCGCGCCGAAGACCAAGAACGGGAAAGUGGUCACCAUAUUCUACGCUAUCGUUGGGAUCCCCCUGAUGCUACUGUGCCUUUCCAAUAUCGGCGAUAUCAUGGCUUCGAGUUUCAGAUUUUUAUACUGGAGAGUUUGCUGCUACGUAUGCACGAAACCACCAAGGAAAAGACGACCAAGGACCCAUUUUGUCAGAUCGUAUUCCAUGAGGCAACCAGGGCGAUACGGUGGAGGCAAGGGUGGCUUUCGAAGAUCCAUCAGAGUGAGCCAAAGAUCUGCAGAUUCAGCUCUGGGCUUGUCCGAAACCCUAACCAGAUCAUCGUAUUUCGACGUGGACAAUAGGUACAACGCUCGUCGAUACGAAGAUUCGGAAGCGAAGAGGCCCAUCGCCUCUUGUCCAUCGUCGAUAAAUCCAAAUAUUGGUUUUAAAGCCGCGACUGUGUCCAGAUACGCGGAUUUGCCGAUAGCGAAACCAAGUGCAGCCAGUCCCAAGAUGACGACGCAAUCGUUGGAUAGGAAGUUGCUAAUGCGUUCGCCGAACGACACCGAUCGUUCCGCAGUUUUGUGCAACAAAUACGCGUUGGAUGUGUUGGAGAACGAAUUGCGACGCUGGCAGGCCUCCGCUGGGAACAAACAUGAUCCAGAGAGUACGAGCGAGUCGCGGAUGAAAGCAGAGACGGCGGAGAGCCGAGGAAACGGGGAGAAACAAGCGCCAUUAACGACGAGGUCGUUGCCCAGAAGAUGCUUAUCCAUGGAAGGUGCGACCAGCAACUACAGAAUGAACCUGGCACCGCCUUUACGACCGUCAUCCAUUUACUUGGAACUAGAGAACUCCAGGAGGUCCCAGGUUUCAAAAACCAGGCGUUAUAGAACCAAUUACCCCAUUGCUCGAUCCUACAGGAGAGACACGUUGCCAGCGGAUCUGACGUCCUCAACCGGGCUCCCUCUACACAGACAAGUAUACGUGGACGAUUUUGACUCGGAUUACGAGUAUUACGUGAACGACGAUCAGGAGAGACAGCCGAUAAAACCAGUCCCGAUCUGGCUUUGCGUCUUCCUGGUAGUUAGCUAUAUUUUCGGUGGCGCCUUCUUAUUCAGCGCUUGGGAACACUGGCCGUUCCUCGAUUCCGCGUACUUCUGCUUCAUUACUCUCACCACUAUUGGAUUCGGCGAUUUUGUGCCGGCGUACAAGCUGGACGCGCACAAAGGGAUCGCGGUUUGCUCGUUGUACUUGUUAUUUGGAAUUGCUUUGCUGGCGAUGAGCUUUAAUCUGGUGCAAGAGGAGGUCAUCAACAACGUGAAGAACGUCGCGAAGAGGCUCGGGAUCAUCAAAGAGAGUGACGACGAGGAAGAUGCCGACGACUACGACGCGUACGACGUCGAAUACAAUGACGAGGUCGACAACGAGCUCGAGGGCUACGUCCUCGAUGAUGCCCCUCGAUGUCACUCGAUGGCUAGAAACGUCCGCGGAAUUUCCGUCGCGUAGAGAGCCAAUCCCGAAUUUCUUUUCAUUCACCGGAGUUACACCUACUUUCUUCCUUUCUUCGUUCUUCCCCUCCUCCCUUCCUUCCUUGCCUUUUCUUCGUUCUUGCUAAUUACACUGAAAAUGGAAUGGAGCACCUGCUGCAAUUGGACACCCCCGGUCAGAAAUUUGCUUUUCACGACGACCAACACGGCAUUCCAAAAGCUUUCAAAAUUAUUAUUACUAUUAUUAUUAUUAUUUCUCGACUGUGAAAUUGAAGUAAGUUUAUUUAUUUUAUAAUUGAAGCGAACGAAAAUCUUCUGAGAAUUAUGAUUAUUCGUAGAUAGUAACUGAUGAUUAACUCUCUACAAAGUAAUUGAUUGAAAGAUGCUCCCUGAUAGUAAUUGAUUUUAUACUCUCUCUAGUAUAAAGCCAAACUUUCCAAUCCAGCCUUUUAGUCUUCUAUAUUCUAGAGAUAG